AUGAAAUAUGGCGGAUAUGCGAAUGCGCCUAAGCGCGAUUGGUUAGUUUUUGAAAUGGCCGUUGCUAGAUUUCGUGUCAGUGCAGUGUGUUUUCGACUCGAAUGUUUACUUAUUCCAAUCAAUCGCCUCUUAAAUUGUUAUUUAAAUAAUGUAAACGCGUAAGUGUAGCUCGUAAAAGAUGUCUAUCAACGUGACGGUUACCGGGAACCCAAUCAGCAUACGUCGGGGUAAAAUGGCUCUCUCGGAUUUCGAGAAAAUGCGCAAAAGCGAGAGGGAGCAUCGGAAGAGGUUACGAUUGGAACAGGUAAACGAACAGUCGAGAGCCCUUGCAAAAAAGAUACUCGAGCGAACGAGACAAAUAGAGCAAGAGCAACUUGACCGUCUUGAGAAAAAUGGAAAUACGCAGAUGAGAAGGGAGCAUGAAAGAAGGUUGUUAGAAAUUCAAAAAAGAUACCACGAUCUGGAAAAUAUUGGUUACGCUCAUGAAAAUGCAGCUCGUCAGCCGGAUACAGAAAGUUUGAAAAAAGCAGAAGAACAGAGGAAUCAAGCAGUGGCAAGGGAAAGAGGAGCUAGUGCUUUGCAGCAGUUGCAAGAAACGUACAAAGUAGCAAGUCCAAAAAGUAAACAGAAAGAGAGGUUAGCCAAAGUUAGAAACUUAGAAAAUCAACGUUCACAAAUGGUGUCUCAUCUACCACAAAAAUCCUACCCAGUGAAUGGUUCAUCUGAUUCUUUGGACAAUGAAAAUAUUACGAAACCCACAACGUCUACAUCCAUACAAAAAAAAGCAAAGUGUCUAGUCUCAAAGAAAACACCCAUCAAAAAAACACCAAAACACUCCAAGGUACCCUCGAGUCAUACAAAAACACCUCCUCAUAUAUCUGUAUCCGUGAAUAAUGAACGUACUGAACAGACACCAACUACAGCAACACUUUUUACUACAAAAACUAAACCUAAUAGUCCAAGUAAAUUAAGCAAGGAUCCUAAAACAGUUUCAAAUGCAAUACAAGAAUUAAGUAGAGGUAGCAUAUGUGAAUCUGAUGACAAUGAACCCCGUAGAACGGUGCCUGUUACAAGCACAGUUUCUAAUAAACCAGAAAGACUCCUCAGGUAUACAGAACACUAUGAGGAUGGUUCUUCUGAAGUAAGUAGUACUUCUAGAUCAUCCUCCUCUAUAAGCGAAGAUUCUUCUUAUUUUUCCGACAACACUUCGAAAGUUACCGCGGUUAGAAAAACGCCUAGACAUGUUAAAUCUCCCAUUUCGAGUAAAGUUAGUGUAUAUGACCAUAAUACGCGGCAUCAAAAAAUAUGUGAAAGACCUUCUGGUUUAGUAGAAAGAUUAAAUAUUAAGAAUAAGCCAACCGCUGACGAAAUGGCUCAAGAUAUUAUUCAAUUGGAAAAAAAUGAAUCUGAAGUUCUUGCUAAUCAAAAGGAAUGUUCAAAACAAAGAAGUCAAGACGCCUUGCUUCGAGAAAAAGCCAGACGAGAUUACCAAGCUCUCAUGAAACAACUUGAUCAACUUGCUAAAGAAGAAAGAAGACUUAGAGCAACUCAAGCUUCAGACGCUGCUAAUCAACAGGUACCUGCACCAUCUAAAAAUAAAGAAAAUCUUAAAAAGCACCAGAAAAAGAUGGAUCGAGCUUUCGAAAAUAUUCUUCGUACGUCGCGUGAACCAGAGAAUACUAACGAGAUAAUUGAAAGAUCUAUAACUCUUACACCUCACGACUACAUACAUUCCAAUACUACGCCGGCAACUGCAUGGAAAGAGCCGUGUCGUCCUGAUAGAAAAGAGCAAGAGGAAAGUUAUUCCGAAGAUGACAAUGAUUUUACGCGCAAAAGAAAAAUUUCCGAAUUGUUGAUAAAAAUUGAAAAGUUAAAAAGAAGUCUUUUGCAAGAAUACGGAGCCAAUUUACCGGACGAUAUUUUUAACGCAAGUUUAAAGUCUCUUUUUAAUCAAACGUCAACUUCAACCAGUCAAGAAAGAGUGGCACAAAAUACAUCAAAAUUAAUUCCAGCGCCUGAAAUUCAAGUAAUUAACAUGUCCAGCUGUGAUGAAGCUGCUAAACCUGUCCGUAAAUACACCUGCAAAAUGCCGAGAAAUAAGAAAACUCCCGAGAGUAAUCUAACUUCGAAAGAUUCACCAAAAUCAGCCGAUAAAAGCACGAUGGUCACUCGAGAUCAGGAAGUACAGGUUGAACUAAGCAAUGAUCAGACUCCAAAUCAAGUUCUGAGCUAUCCCUUAGAACCAGCUGUUACAAUUGUAACUCCUGAAAAUGGAAAUUCUAGUAGUAGCAUCUGCAGCAGUGAUUCCUCUACCGCCACCGACUUGGUGAUAGACGUCAGUAAAAGAGACGUAACUGUAGUCAAAUCAAAAGAGAACAAUAUGAACAUCUUGAAAGAUACUUCGAAAGUUUCGUCUUCUAAAUCGUUUAAACAUUCAGCUACGAAGAUGCCGGUGAAAAUUUCUUUCGAGCAGAGCAGCGGCAUGGGUGCCAUUGAAGUAGCGAGUGUUCUCAUUGACCCAUGUACAAAAAAGAUUACUGUAUUAAAACCAGAGCGAAGAAAUGCAUCAAAACAAUCAACGGAUUCCAAAAAGUCACAGUCCUUGCCAGGCAGUAGAGUAACGUCACCGUCCAAAAAGCACUCGACGUCAGCACCACCUUCUCAACAGUCGAGUCCCAAGGCAACUCUACCGCAAUCGCGUCCUGCCAAACGCUCGGAAAAGUGCGGCACCAAGACCGAAGAAAAGAGGUAUCGAACCCAGAUCACACAGGUUUCGAUAGACUCUAGUACUGAGAGCUCGCAGUUCAAUUCUUUUUCCGAUUCUGGCAACGGCAAAUCCUAUUCCAGGUUUCGCGCGACGGCGACCAGUCGCAUGAUCAGUCAGCUGCAAGACCACUCGGAUACCUCGACUACCUAUGCAAGUCCUCCAACGGCUGUCGCUGGUGCACUGCUCAAUGCUAUGAGCAGCAGCACGUCUAUUCUAGAGUUGCUCGACUCCUCGGCCAACGAAACGAUCAAACGAAAGAUGUCAGAAGUGAGCCCUGUUUCCUCACCCGAAACGCCUUCGCCGCGUACAACGAUGAUACCGUCAAAUAUACCCCGAAAUGGUAAAGUAAACAAAAGUUUGAAAUUCAUAUCCUUGGCCAAUAUGCAGGCAAAGUCGAGCCAGGGUAGCGUUAUCAAGAGUGCCAAAACGAGUUGCUCAGUGUCCAGAGACCGGGCAACGAGUACGAGGCCAUCAAGACAGAUGAGGCAGAUGCAUCCGUGCACGUGUAAGAAUCCGGAGUGUAAGCUGUUCCAUGACAAAAUAGAGGACACUCAGGAUUACGCGUUGAAGCACUGCCCCGAGGUACUGAAAAAGUACGAGGAUUUACAGAACGUGUGUACAGAACGCAUCGCUUCAUUGACGGAUUUGAUUGAAAAAGUGCGCAACGAACAGAAGGAACUAUCCACAGUGACAAACGAAGACACGGCAGUUCAUCCCUCAAGUCAGACGCUCCGACAUUCUCAGACAUCGGUCGACAAUGGCAACGCGAGCUUAUUGGUAAGAAAUGUCCAAUCCAUUCAUGCUCAACUGAAGAAAACUCUAUUGGAAUCACAGAAGCUCAUCUCGGGCGAGGGUCUCGAUUUACCUCAUCUCCCGAUACCCUUCAGAAACAUUGAGAAAUCGCCGUCAAUAAGCAUGGACCUUUCUAGAAAUACUACUCCAAGUGAGAGUCUUACAGAGGCUGUGGAGCAGCCAAAGAGAUGCCCAGAAACAGCGUCAACCUCUGGCAAGCCUAGAAUUUUGAAUAACGAGCGAGUGAACAUUCGACUUGAUCGGUUCAUAAGCAAUCAAGCCUCGGGAAGCGCGUUCAAUGGUAGACGUACUAGCAAGGCGAUGACCACGGUGAUGUCUAGCACGGUGAAAGAAGCUCCUGAUCAGGGCGAACAUAUGGUCGAGAUGCUGCAGAACGAGAUACUUGAGCAAAGUAAAAGCAUAAAUAAGUCUGUACCCGCUGAUAGCUUGAAAGAUUCUGAUGAUUCCUUUUUGAAAUCAAGUCAAGCACCUGUGAAGGAUUCAGGCGAGUCAAAUCGUAAUUUCGCAGUUGAUGGCCAGUCUGAUGAUAAAAAUCAAGAGGGAAAUUCCGAGGUUUGUGAUAACGAUUUCGUCCCUCUGCUCGCUGGUAUACCAAAAAUUCCGCGGUCUCUGGCUAAGGGAUCUUCUAAUGGCAGAGGAAGACCACCUGUUACCUUGAUAAGCGGACCAUACAGGCCUGAAAUCCUUUCUCCUGCACACGAACUAUCUACCAUAGUUGAGUUUGAUACACCAGAAACAGUCAACAAAAGUCAGCUUAGCACUAGAAGUCCCUCAAAUAGGGCUCGGAGAAAGUUGUCUGCCGGAGGGCCAGGUCCAUCGGAGAUUUCAUCGCCAACGAAAAAGUCAGAUGCAAGAGAACCUAAAAACAAGCCGUCGGUACAUGUGGCUCCUCUGCCGGCUCACCGAUCGCCCCAAUUAAAUGUGUCAAAUAAGUCCAGCGACAAGUCACCCAGACAGUCUGUAGAAAAAUGUAGCAAGGCUUUGGAUAAGAAGAGUUCAAUAAAAGAUGAGGCCAAGAAUAAUUCAUCAUCCGACUCUAUGUGUACUUUGCCAGACGUACACAUCGAACAUUUGCAGCAGAGUCAAGACAACACAGAUGGAAAUUUUGAUUUUCGAGUCAGUCAAAUUUCCGAAUUACAGUCACUUCCUGACGAGAAUAUUGAUCAACUCGUGAUUAGUGAAUUGUACGAGGAAAAUAAAUCUGCUAAGUCUGCAACGCUUUGUUUGCAGAAGUCUAGUUUAGAGAAGCAAAAAGAAGAGGAGAAUGCUCUAAUAGCUUCAUCAAGCUCCGCAAGCUUCUCUGGCAUAUCUGGUGUCUCCGAAAUAACAACCAGUCCUUCAUCGGAUCUUAAUCUGUUUAAAUGUCCCUCUUCUCUUGAAGAGAUGGAGUUGGCUUUCAAAAAGUGGGGUCUUAGCUGGGCUGUCUCGACAUUGAAGAAAACUCGCGAGGCUAGUGCUCUUGGGUCCUCUUCCAGUUCGGAUGUCACUCCUGUUAAUACGGCUACGAGGCUCGUAUCUCCUGUGAAAAAGCAACAAGAAGUUACUGCGCACGAUCUGCCAGAGAUUAGCGACGUUUCAUCGAUAUCAAUAAAGCAUGCGAAUAAGAGCACAGAGAGAUCAGUACUUGUGAAGGGUAGAACAUCAACGCCGAAUCGGUUUUCCAACUCGAAUUCGGAAAGAACCUCAUCGACUCUUGGUAGUUUCUCGUCAGAGCUGAACAUCGUUGUUCAAAAUCAAAGUGCGGACAUGACCAUUCCUAACAUAUCUUUUUCUAAUAAACAAAUUUGAUAAUAAUUAUAAUACGGUAAGGACUAAAAGUUAAAAAAAUCCAUGAGCUCAGUAUUGUGCUAAUGCUGUUUUAUCUUAAGCAUUCAGCUAAGUUUACACAGCGCACAUUAUUGCAGAAAAAAAGCUGUUUGUAUUGUAUUAACUAUUGAUUAUUUUUCUAUUAAUUUAAAUGUGGUUGAAGUAAUUUAAAUGCAUACAGACUGAACUUUUUAUGUUUAAGAGACUAGGUAAAAUUGAUGAUUUUUGUACAAAAUAGUUGUUAUGAGCAUGAUUUGUAAAAAAUCGUUGUACUCGAAAAUAAAUUUUAUACUAUUUUAAAGCA